AUGGAGAGCCAGCGCUCGUCCUCCUACAGCCACCGCUUUGGCCCUGCCACCCCCAUGCACCGGGUGCCCCCCGCCAGCCCCCCAGUCCGGAGCCACCGGGGACCCCGCGGCACCCACCCGGCCUCCCGGCUGGGCUCGGGCAGGAUGGACUUCUCGCUGGCCACGGCGCUCAACUCGGAGUUCCGGGAGACACGCACCAGCGAGAGGGUGGAGAUGAUGGAGCUCAACGACCGCUUCGCCAGCUACAUCGAGAAGGUGCGGCUGCUGGAGCAGCAGAACAAGGUGCUGGUGCUGGAGCUGAACCAGGCGCGGGACCAGGAGCCCUCCCGCCUGGGGGACGUUUAUCAGGAGCAGCUGCGGGAGCUGCGGCUCCACGUGGAGCAGCUGGGCACCGCCAAGGCCCGGCUGGAGAUCGAGAGGGACAACCUGGCCCAGGACCUCAGCAACCUCCAGCAGAAGCUGCAGGACGAGGUGACCCUGCGGCUGGAGGCCGAGAGCAACCUGGCUGCCUACAGGCAGGACGUGGACAACGGCACCUUGGCUCGCCUGGACCUGGAGCGGCGUGUGGGGACCCUGCAGGACGAGAUCGCCUUCCUGCGCAAGGUCCACGAGGAGGAGCUGCGGGAGCUGCAGGAGCAGCUGUCCCGGCAGCGGGUGCACGUGGAGGUGGACGCCAGCAAACCAGACCUGACGGCCGCCCUGCGCGACAUCCGCAGCCAGUACGAGGCCGUGGCCGCCAGCAACGCCCAGGAGACAGAGCAGUGGUACAAGUCCAAGUUCGCAGACCUGACGGACGCGGCCGCCCGGCAAAACGAGGCCCUGCGUGCGGCCAAGCAGGAGGCCAACGAGUACCGGCGCCAGCUGCAGGCCCUCACCUGCGACCUGGAGGCUCUGAGGGGCUCGAACGAGUCCCUGGAGAGGCAGCUGCGGGAGCUGGAGGAGCGCUACGCCCUGGAGACGGCCGGCUACCAGGACACAGUGGCACGGCUGGAGGAGGACAUCCAGAGCCUCAAGGAGGAGAUGGCCCGGCACCUGCAGGACUACCAGGACCUGCUCAAUGUCAAGCUGGCCCUGGACAUGGAGAUCGCCACGUACCGCAAGCUGCUGGAGGGCGAGGAGAGCAGGAUCACCAUCCCCGUGCAGAGCUUCUCCAACCUGCAGGUCCGAGAGAACAGCCUGGACACCAAAUCUGUGUCAGAAACCCACGUGAAGAGGAGGAUCGUGGUCAAAACUGUGGAGACUCGAGAUGGAGAGGUGCUCAAGGAGUCCAAGCAGGAGCACAAGGAGGGGCCGUAGGGCAGACGAUCCCGAGCUCCGCAGGUCCCGCCCGACGCUUCGAGGGAGCCCCGCGGGCACCGGGGGCGGGAGGAGCCGGCGGUGCCUCGAGGGGCAUCUCCCUCCCCUGCACCCCUCGCCUCUCCCGCGUCACCCCGUGCCCAGGGACCCCCACACCCUGUUUGGGGCUGGCAGAGAGCAAAGCGCCCAUCGGAGCGGGCACUGUGUGGGGCGGGGUGGGCAGCACGCAGGUCCAGGCAGAGCCAGGCUCCCCGGCGGGAUCCUGCCGCAUUCCCACAGCACGGCGUGCCGGUGGUUUGGGGGCUGUUCCUGCCUCGCCCCGGGCCUCCAGCUCGCCAGUGCCGAUGGAGAGGAUCCAUCCCGUUUUGAUCUCCAUGCAGUGGUUGGACAAGAUGAUGGUGCCAAGAGCAUCUCCUGCACCCACCUUGCUGCCCUCUCUGGUCUGGGAGACCUCCCUGGAUCUCCCCAGUACACCCUGACCCCCAGCACCCUUGGGUGGAGGCUGCAGAGUGCAAGGCACCCGCUGGAGAGGGACACUGCCCUGUCACCAGGGGUUGGUGAGCUCAGCUGAGGGGCAGGGGCAGGAAAAUUGGGAGGAUGGAGAGGCAGGGGAGGAGGAAGAGGACAAUGGAGAAGCAAGAUGCUCUUGGGAUGGUGUCAGGGGGUGAUGAAAUGGGGAUCAGGAGGGAUUCCUGGAGGUGUCCAGGGUGGUUUGUGGGGGCAGUGUGGGCUGGGUGGCCUCAAGAACUUCUCCUGGCACAGAGCCCUGGCACUGUCCUGACCCCCACACUGGGUGUCUGCCACCAGGGUGUCCCCAACACUGUGGUGGGGACAAACAGAUCUGAGGGGUUCAUGGUGAGGUGUGACCCCUGGCCCUGCACUUGGGGGUCUCACACAGGGGAAAAUGGAGAGAAAGGGGGUGCAGAGGAGGAGGAAGAUGUUGAGGGCUCUCACAAACGGAGCCAUCCCUGUCCUGCCUGUCCCACCUGGGGUCACACUGUGAGCCAGGGGGUCUGGGGACCAGGGCUGCCCCAGUCACAGCCCCUGCCACACACAGAACCUGAGCCCAUUCUUCCAUGGGCAUUCAGGGCGGGGUUGGAAAAAAUCCCUUGUCCCUGGGCUGCAUGUGGCCCUGUGCCUUCACCUGUCCUCCCCCAGACCACCCAGGGCAUUGCCCAGCCCCACUCCCACCUUCACUGCAGUCACUGACCACAAGCAGAGCCUUCCCUGAUGCCAUCUGACACAGGAGCAAGGACCCAGCAGCACUCCCCGUGCCCUGCCAGCCCCUUGUGAUGACACAUCCCUGCUCUUGGAUCCAUCCCCUCAUCCCUCUGUCCCCCUCAUCCCCUGGCUCAGGUUUGCUUUGCUCCAAAUCCAGAAAGGCCAUUCCUGGGGCAGGAGAUGUUACAGGAGCCCAGGGCGCUGCCCAGGGUGGGAACCCAGGGGGAAUCCAGCUUGGCCCCCACAAGCAGCCUCCCUUGUUAUUAAUUACUGACUUAUUAAUUGCUGAGCCUGUCACAGCUCGGGGUGAGGAAUAAAGCUAAUGAACACUCUGGUUGUUCCUGAA